UCAACAUGUUUCAAGGAAAUAGCAGUACCAUCCUUCUGUUACAUGCUGCUUUCCGAAUACUUCCAAUGUUGAGGUUGUGUUUUUUCAUUUGUUUUGUGACACACUCUGCAAGAGCAGGUCAAGAAUGUCCUAAAUUCACAGAUCUUAAUUUUGGCAAUGCUGUGAUUGGCACAGAUCUGAAGGUGCAACUGCUUUUGUACACACGAAAAAAUAAAGACUGUGCUGAACUUCUUGAUGAGCAUAAUAUAACAACUUCUACACAUUUUAAUGUAACCAAGAAUAUCGUUGUUAUCAUCCAUGGGUACAGAUUUACAGGUUCACCCCCAAUAUGGAUUGAUACAAUUAAAAAUCUUCUGCUUGAAAAACAAGACUUCAACAUCAUUAUAGUAGAUUGGAAUCGGGGUGCAACAACAGUGAAUUAUUUUAGUGCUGUUUCUAGUGCGAAGAAAGUGGUACCCAUCUUAACACAUCUUAUUGAUCAAAUGUUGGAGAAUGAUGUUGCUGUUGAUUCUAUUUAUAUGAUUGGUGUAAGCCUUGGAGCUCAUAUAGCUGGAUUUGUUGGGAAGACAUAUAAUGGCAAAAUUGGAAGAAUUACUGGUCUUGACCCAGCAGGUCCAUUGUUUACCAAAAAGCUGGCUAAUGAGAGACUAGAUCAUACUGAUGCCCAGUUUGUGGAUGUCAUUCAUAGUGAUACUGAUGGUUUUGGUCUUAAGGAGUCUUUGGGAAACAUUGAUUUCUAUCCAAAUGGAGGAAUAGAUCAGCCUGGAUGUCCAAAGACAAUACUUAGUGGGUCAUCUUAUUUCAAAUGUGAUCAUCAGAGAUCUGUUUUUUUGUAUAUAUCAUCUUUACAACAUGAUUGUGGUAUAACUGCAUAUCCUUGUGAAUCGUAUAAGGAUUACAGGAAUGGAAAAUGUAUGAGCUGUAAUUUUAAAUCGCUUCCAUGCCCAAUAGUAGUGUACCAUUAUUCUUUGGAUAUUAUUACCUGGAAUAAAAGCACUAGGAGAGGUUUCAUAAAUAUCAAAAUAACAGAUAAUUCAGGAAAUACAAUAGAAUCCAGAAUUAAUAGUGAUGUAGCUGUAUUUCAACAAUACAGGCAAACAAAGAUACUUGCUGGAUUUUAUCUGGAUUUUGGAAACAUUUCAACAAUUGGUUUGACAUUUUCUACAAGGAGUACAGUGGGCCCCAAGUACAAGCUUAGGGUUCUUGAAAUGAGGUUAAAACCUCUUUCGCAUCCAGAAAGGAUCCAGCUAUGUAGAUAUGAUUUAAUACUUGUGGAAAAUAUUGAAACAUCUUUUAUACCUGUUCCAUGCUAUGAGAUAAAUAUGCAAGACAAUUGAAUAUUUCAGGAUAUUGUAUGCAAGAAAUUAAAGAGAACAAUGUGAACUGGUAAUGCUUAAUUGGCUUCCUUCAAGAAAGUUAAUUUGUCAAUUUUAUGACUACCUCUGAAGAUCACAGAAUGAACUUUUAAAAGAAAUUCAGAUAUUUUUCAUGUGCCUAGUUGGAUAUGCUAACAAUCAAUUUCUAGUUAAUGAGCAUUCAGAGCUGUGAAUUAUUUUUUUAGAUGAUUUCAUUUUCACGUAUGCACAAUCAUGUUCAGAUACCAUUGAAAUUAACUUAAUAUAACUUAAUAAUAAUAAUAACUUAAUCACCAAAUGCAGGAUCAUACUACAUUAAAAUAUAUGUGUCAAUACAUUUAUAUUCAGUAGAUCUAAUAUUUUAUUAUAUGAAUAGGAAAUGCUAUAGUUUAGAGAAAUAGGCUCAAACCAGCAUUUGAGCAGAUGAACAAAGAUUCUCAUUAAUGGAGCAUCUGUUCAUAAUGACAUCCACAGGUUGGUAAUAACUUGUUAAAUAGAAACUGAAAUUGAAUCAAUAUAAUAAUAUGCUUUAUGAAACAGAUACAGCAUAAUGCAGAUAUAAUUUGUAAAUAUCCAGAAUAGAGAAGCUACAGUUUAGCUCAUCUUAUUGAUCCUAAAACACAAACAAAACAUGUAUUACAGCCAGUCUCUUGGUAGCAUCAAUCAAGCCUCUAAGCAACAGAAUUAUUAAAUAUCUUCUGAAAACCACCUUUGCAUGUUCAAUAGUUGUAGCUGCUAACUAUUUGCAAAAUUUUGCAUAUUGUUCGUAUGGAUAAGAAAGUACCUCUUAACUGGUGAAUAACUUGGUUGUAUAAUGAUCAAUAUUGUUUAGCUUGUGAACAUUAUUGUUAAUUUAAAUAAAAUAUUUAUUAAAUCAUAGAGCAAAUAAUUACAAAGACCUUUAUAACAAAAUAUUUGGAUACACAAAUAU